AUGCAAAGACAUUUCACAACCUUUUCAAGCAAUUUUCCAAUAUCAACAAUAUGGACUCACCGGCGCCUGCAAACCUUCAGUUCUUGCAAUAAAAGCGGUACAAUCAAACAGAAGAGUACCAAGGCUUUAACCAGACUUGAUCACGAAGGCACACAUCUAGGGAGCUCAUUUCACUUCUCCGUCAAUAUAAAUAAAUUGCCCAAAUUUAGUACUUUAGUUGAGAAAAAGUAUGAUGAAAUACUGAAAUCACCAUCGUAUGUUGCGUUUGACCAAAACCUUGACGCCUCGUUUCAUCUCUCUAGCGAUAAACAUUCCCCAACCGAUGCCCUUACCACAGCGAGCAUAGGCACGAUAGACAAAAAAAACCCUUUACGAUCACCCAAAUUCUUAGCCACGAAGUUUACAAACAACAAUUGUAAUAUAAACGAAAUAAAGUCGCACUUUAGACGAUUGUAUCCCCAACUCAAUUUCGGUUUCAAUCACUCGAUGGUGGAGAAUGCGGAAGGGAUUAAAACGUACACCAUUAGUGUAUAUUUCACCUCCCAGAGGACGCGUCUCCCCCUUUCCGCGGCGGAGUCCGUCGCCCUCCUAAAGUUCAAGGGCCAAUCUGUCGGGGUGGGGUAUUUUCGGACGUUAGACAAGGCCCUCCAGCAGGCCUGCGCGGCCUCCGGGGUUUCCCCGCCGUCCAAAACCCCCGACAAGGGCGAGGAGCCUUCCACGUCUUUGCUUUCCUUGUACUUGGAAGUCCUGCGUAAGCGGUGCGGUUCGAUGCGGAUAGUGUUGAGCGUCGAGGCCCACGAGGACGACAAACAGGUGCGGAUUACCUUUCGGGAUGGCCCGCGCGAACUCGCCUCGGCCGACGGAGGGCGCGUCUUCACGCUGAGUCUUCUUUUGGCGGUCGUCGAGGCGGCGGCGAUCAAGAAGGAUGCGGUGGGGGCCGCGAGGAUUGCCCAAGGCAUUUUGAACGCCCCACCGAUGAUUGUCCUUUCGGAUGACCAUAUAAUGCUCAAGUCGAUAUUACGCUUUCUCAUGAGGUAUCACUAUGGCAUCACCGAUGACGAUAUCGCAUUUGAGAUGAAAACAUUAACCGGUUUACUGAAUUCCUGUACGAUUUGGGUGAAGCUCCCUGCGUUCCUUCGAUCGAUGGGCUGCGAGAUUGUGUGGGAUUGCAAAACGCAGGAGUCCAAGGACUGGCUUCGCCUGGACUCCUGCAUCGCCAACACUAGGAAGCUUGCCGGGAAGUUCGUCUCGGUGUUGGUUCUUGAGCGGCACUUCAGUUCGAUCUUUCAAGAGCAGCUUAGGGUUAACCCCCAAAUCAAAGAAUUAUUAACGCAGGCGAAGGAAAUUCAGUGCACUACCGCCGUCCCGAACAUUUCGCAAGGUACAGGCCAGCUUCUCGAGUGGGCCCUACGGUGUGAGGGGAAGAAAUUUGAAAUGGAGUUCACCUGCCUUCAACGAAACACCACCUACAAAGAUUUUGGCGUGCACACGCGGAUCAUAUGCUGGAGGACGAGUCUUAGCAUUUUAAAAGGAAACGAUCGCGAACUCGUCCUGAUCGCGUACGAUUUAAAAAAGAAGCAAAGCGAGCUCAAGGCGAUCUCGGCCGCGCUCGCCAAGCGCUUCAAUACGAUCUGCGGCAAGGCGAUUACGCGAGCGAGGAUAAUGAAUCUUAUUGAUGACGACGGCAACCCAAUACCAUGCGAAGGUGUGGUGAUGUUAGCCCCACCGACGGCGAAGCCGGACAAAGACGUUCCCUUUCUCGGCGAGGAUCCUUUUUUGGACCGAAUAAAAUCCAUCCCCGAGCAGAAUUUGUCCACCCCCCCGCCGCCGUCGGCGCCGUCUUUGUUGUCCUUGCUCAAACAGUUCAGUGCGGCGUACGCCCAACACGCCGAGGAGGUUCACACGCACGAGAUGGUGGAAUUCAAUGAACGGACGGCCCAGUGGGUGGCGCUCCUUCGCACCGCGAGCAAACCCAAACCCCUUGGCCCGGAUCCCCCUCACGCGAUCGAUCCAGCCUUUCCAGCGGAUCUGAUCACUAUGGACUCCUUCGUUCUCGCUUCCGGCUCCUCACGGAUCCAAGCCUGCGCUCUUCUCCAGAUGUAUAUUCUUCGGUUCAAAAAAAUAUUAAAGAUGCCCCACACCGAUUUCCAUUUCGCCUUUGUAAAGUCCCAACCCGUCCAAGAGCUUUUAAAUUCGAUCAUACGGCUUUUCAAAGCCCUUCCGGUGGUUUGCCCCGACGACAACAUCAUCGAGCCCGUCUUAGCGGCCGUCGGGGCGCUUUAUGGUGUGGGCGUGGUGAUGCACAUGAACAUACAAAUGAAGCUCUUCUCCGUCACGUUGUCAAGCUUCACGACAAAGACGAUGGGGCCCCCAACUGAAAAUGCCGCGCUGGGAGAGGGCGAAAUGGGGGAAAGCGCGGUGCGUUUGCACACGUCGGAGGCGCCCACUAAGGCUUUGCUAUUUCUUUCCCAAAGGCACAGUCAAACGCUUAACAAUGCCAUCAUCGAAUGCUGCCGCGAUAUACACAACGCACAUAUUGUUCCAUGCAUUCAAGCGUUUAACCAUUUGCCACUUUUUAUAUCGAAGUUUGAGCUCGCCGUGUGUCCUAAGUCCAAGUUUUACGAUCUCCUGAACAGGGUCGCCACUGAAAUAAAAAAUACGUCGUCCGACGAAUCCUGCACCCCAAAGCUCAUAGUCUACUAUACCCAAUUAGCCAAAGAGCCCUUUAAAGUUGACUUUUUGAUUUUGUCUAACGACAAGGAGGUUGUGAUGGAGACGGUUCAAUCGAAUAACAUUCUUUUGGCACUUCAGAUCCUUUAUCAAAAGAUUUGUAUGGAGAUCGGCUCAGAGUUCAGGAUAAAAACGAAAAGUGGGGUUUCAUCGUCCCACCUAUGCAAACUGAAUCUAUUAAAGAAAUUAUGUAGCUUCACUUUGGGUCUGCCACUACACUUUGAAAAUUUUUAUGUGAACAAAGAAUGGAGAUGCCGUAUCAAUUUAGAACUUAACUCACAACACCGAAUUCACCUUACAUGCAAAACUUCGAUACGCAAGAAUGAGGCGUUUGAAAAAGCUGUCGCUGGGGCUCUAAAAAUGUACUUCGAGGACGCUGAAGAAGCUAGCGAAAAAUCUUUAAAUUUCACUACCAUUUCGGAUAACUACCUUUAUCUAGUCAACUAA